GGCAUCCAAUGAAAAUGCGUGACGUCAGAAGCAGGGAGUGAAGGCUAAGGUCGGUCGAGCACAGCGUUCAAGCUUUAAAAUGUCGCCAUAAACAAACGCAAAAUACGAUAAAAGAAGCGGGGUUGUCUACCUGACACAGGCGAUGGUGCGGGCUGUGUGGGCGGUGCUCCGGAUGGUGACCUGCGAGGGAGCCGCUGUACUGAAAUUAAACGUACCUGGCACCUGUAGAGUCGCAGCACCGUGGCCCAGACCUCUCAGCACACCUACCGCCGCCUGCUACAGAACCAUAUCCAGUGAGGUGAGACACCUACAGUCUGCAGUCAGAAUGCCUGAGAUAACCACAGAUCACCUGGACGAGAAGCAGGUGCAGCUGCUGGCUGAGAUGUGCAUCCUCAUCGACGAGAACGACCAGAAGAUUGGAGCAGACACCAAGAAAAACUGCCACCUCAACUCCAACAUCGACAAAGGUUUGUUACACAGAGCUUUCAGCGUCUUCAUCUUCAACAGCGAAGAGAAGCUGCUCCUACAACAGAGGUCUGACGCCAAAAUCACUUUUCCAGGCUGUUUCACAAACACAUGCUGCAGUCAUCCUUUACACACAGACAGUGAGCUGGAGGAGAAGGAUGCGAUUGGAGUGAGGAGAGCUGCUCAGAGGAGACUCAAAGCUGAACUGGGUAUCCCCAUGGAACAGGUGACUCCAGAUGAAAUGACAUAUCUAACAAGAAUCCACUACAAGGCCCAGUCAGACGGUGUUUGGGGAGAACAUGAGAUUGAUUACAUCCUCUUCAUGCAGAAGGACGUGGAGUUGAGUCCAGACCCUAAUGAGAUCAAAAGCCACUGUUACGUGAGCAAAGAGGAGCUGAAGGAGAUGCUGGCAAAGGCCAAGCGCAAGGAGCUGGAGAUCACUCCCUGGUUCAGCCUCAUCGCAGAGACCUUCCUCUUCAAGUGGUGGGACAACCUGCAGAACCUCAAACAGUUCAUGGAUCACAACAACAUCCACCGCAUGUAACCACAACCAGGAUCAGGCUUUACCUCCAGUCAUUUCAAAACCUGUGGUUGCUCUAGUACUUGCCUGACAUUCAAGCACAGCCAGCUGAGCCGCUGGAGACCCCUGACCCCCUCUGAUCCUCUAGCACCAAAAACAUCCACACGGAAUUCUUCAUGGUUUCACUGGCUGCUUUUGUCAAGCUAGUAAUAAGUGUAGGAUUGCUGCUCUAAAAGUAGAGGCAGAGAAUGUUUUAGUCUUGCUAAACGUAAGAGGUGAUGUGGUUCAUGGUAGGUUUGUAGCACUGAGACGCUUCCAUCUACACAGUAGAUGACAGGUGAUGACAGUAGAGCUGUUUGGCCGACUCAUCAGUCUUAAGUCAUGUUCAGAAAACAAAUACAUGCACGUAUUUACAUGUACACACACUGGAUUUACAGACUGAACAGAAAACAUGAGCAUUUUAUUAGGUAGAAAAAUGCAGUGUCAUUAAUAUCACCAUGAAGAGGAUAGCCUAUUUUUAUAUUGGAAAACUGAAGUGCCUGAUUCCAGGUCAUUAGGUUGAGGUGAAUAGUGUCUCCAAGUUCUGAUGUGAUGAUACAAACAAUCACUAUCAUUCUACACUUUGUUAACAAUGAUAUCAGUGAGUAAGAUGUAUCUUUGUACUCUUUUACACAAUAAAGUAUUUGAUUGUGGUCACUGGCA